GGAUGGUGCAUUGCAUAUGAGAAAGAUCUGUCUCUGUGACACACGCACAAAAGCUGCCCCGCGGUGAGACGCGAUCUCGCAAAGAGCGAGAGAGAGACUCAUCAUCAUCAUCUCAUGCGAGGCGCUUAAUCAUCAUCUCUCACUGUGCUGAUGCCGCGCGCUCAAGUUGAUCUUCGCACGGGCGCCGAGUUUAAAAUGGGGCUCCCACUGCAAAUUUAGUGUCAGUUGCUACAGGACUGCGAAACUCACCUCAUCUCGCUCUCUCGUCCUCCAGCGCGCACUUCCGCGAUUUACAUGUGAUAUUCUCGUGUGAUCCAUUCUCCCAUCCCUCGAAGGUCCUGCACAGAGAGAAGGAUCUUAGUGAUAAAUUGAGAUUAAGCAUCGCACAACAAACGCACUUUUCUGUGAAGGCAGUGUCAAUGGUGAAGAGUAUAUAGUGCCAAAAAAACAAGAGUUUGCAAGGCGAGAGAGAACUCAAAAAAGGAGAGGACAAAUAUUUUCCCCUUAAAAAUAUGUUACUCAAAUAACAGUGAAGAGAACAUCUUUUUUUAGCAAUCACAAAGACACAAAACCUCGUCCCAAGUAUGGACAAUUUUAGGACAUUGAGUGCAAUUGUGAUCCUCCUAGCUGUCUUCCGAUUUGGACAGACUAAGGAUAACAAGAAUGAAGUCAUCGUGAAGAUAGACAACGCCGAUAAGACGCAAUAUCACAAUGCCAACUUCGAGGCGAGUUCCUACAACUACGGCUACGAAGUGGGUCCCAACGGCCAAUUCCAUCAUGAAAUCCGAGGUCCUGAUGGCGUCACGUACGGCUGUUACGGUUAUAUCGAUCCUGCGAGUCAACUGCGCGCCACGCAUUAUGUAGCCGAUGAGAAUGGCUAUCGCGUGAUCGAGCCUGAGGAUCCUGUAGAGAUUUUUCCGCCCAAUAGCGGGAAGAAAGGCAUCGUGGUGCCAUGGAAGGAUCUCUACCUGCCCAAAGGAUGCGGAAUGCACGAAGGUGGCUUCGCCAUCGGCGCUGUCCUAAAAGCUGUCGACGGCGGUGGUUUCACUGUGGUGCAACCAGGUGAACCUCAUCCUGGCGCCACAGUGGAUCGUCCCGGAGUAAAGGGAUCAGCCAUUAAUCGACCGCUAGUGCUCAUGGAGGAUGGAACGAUAAUGGUCGCAGGACCUGGAUUUAAGGGCAUCGGCUAUGGUCGUCCAGGCCGGCCCGGAACUCCCGGAUCACCGGGAACUCCUGGCAAACCCGGAUCCCCAGGAUCUGACGGAGGAGUUAUUUAUGGAGGCCUCGGCGGUGAUGGAGGCUUCGGAGGCACUGGCGGAACAGGAGGACAUGGCGGAGGAGGUGGACAUGGAACAGGCGGACAUGGCGGUCACGGAGGGGCACCAGGCACUCCUGGCAAACCAGGAUCGCCCGGUCGUCCAGGAAGUCCUGGAUCCGGUGGUUAUUGGCACAACGGACAAUGGUAUCACGACAACUCUGGAAUGUAUCAUCACCAGGCGGGCCCCAACGGCCCUAAUAGCCCAGGAUAUGUUCACCACACCGGGCCGCAGGGAGGAUAUGGCGGCAGUGGUGGAUCUGGCGGGACGGGUGGCACUGGGGGUAUCGGAGGAAUGGGUCCCAAUGGCCCUAACGGCCCCAAUGGCCCCAAUGGACCAACUGGUCCCACCGGCCCCAUCGGGCCUUCAGGACCCAACGGACCCCCAGGACCGCCCGGAACAGGCGGCACGGGCGGAACAGGAGGGACGGGGGGAUACGGCGGCGGCGGCGGCGGCAGCGGUGGCGGUGGAGGUCAUCGGCCAGGUCAUGGCCCAACAGGACAUGGAACCCCAGGACGACCAGGUACACCGGGGAGUCCCGGCACACCGGGACACCCAGGACAUCCAGGAAAGCCCGGCCCCAGUGGCCAUCAUAAGCCACACCCACCACCGAAACCUCAUCCUGUGCCACCGCACAAUGGAUUGCCAGGCAAGCCAGGAACACCUGGUACUCCUGGAACGCCAGGAUCACCGGGGUAUGUCCAAUUCAUCCCUGGCCAAGAUGGAUCCCCAGGAUCACCGGGCACUCCCGGAACUCCUGGAACUCCUGGUUCCCCAGGAUUUGAGGGUGGAUUAAUCUAUGGAGGCACUGCCGGCGAAGGCGGAGCGGGAGGUGCUGGAGGCUUUGGAGGCAGUGGCGGAGCUGCAGGAUAUGGCGGUGGAGGAGGCUAUGUGCAAUAUAUUCCUGGUGAGGAUGGAAGUCCGGGUACCCCGGGAACUCCAGGACGACCAGGUUCUCCCGGUUCUCCAGGAGGCUAUGUUCAGUACGUUCCUGGUGAAGACGGAACUCCAGGAACCCCGGGAACUCCAGGACGACCAGGUUCUCCCGGUUCUCCAGGAGGCUAUGUUCAGUACGUUCCUGGUGAAGACGGAACUCCAGGAACCCCGGGAACUCCAGGACGACCAGGUUCUCCCGGUUCUCCAGGAGGCUAUGUUCAGUACGUACCUGGUGAAGAUGGAACUCCAGGAACCCCGGGAACUCCAGGAAGGCCAGGCACGCCCGGUUCCCCAGGCGGUUAUGUGCAAUAUGUUCCUGGUGGGGACGGCACUCCAGGUACACCAGGAACUCCAGGCAGACCAGGCACUGCUGGCACUCCAGGCUAUAUCCAAUACAUCCCCGGACAGGACGGCUCACCGGGAACCCCAGGAACACCCGGAACACCAGGAUCACCCGGUCUUCCUGGCUACUAUCAGCAAGACUUUUAUGCUGAUGGUGCCAUGGGCGUGCAGCCGCCACGCCCCAUCCAGCAGAAUCCUGGGAAUCUUAAUGUAGCCGUGUCACAGGUUCCCAUCUUCAUUGUGCCAUUCCCUCUGGCCAUGGGCAGCAUCAAUGCUGGCAUGUGCCCGUGCUACCUGAUGAACGGCACCGCUGGCGGUCAAUCCUACUUCAACACCGAACUCCAGGGGCAGCAAUCGUACGGCUACGUUGGCCUCCUGCCGGUGCUCUUUGUGCCCUCGUGCGGCGGCGGCAACAACACCGGCAACUUCUCCGGACUCUUCUCCCAGGCCUUCACCGUACCCUACCAAUGCAACCAGUGCAAUCAGCCGCGCCAGAAGCGAUCAGCGGAACUUACGGAUGACAUCACCAGCCUCGAUAGUUUCAAGCAAGUCCUCGAAUUGGCUAACCUCGAUCCGCGAACCAGUAAUAUCAUCGUCAAAUCGCCCCAUCGGCGGUCUCUGCAGCGACUUGUGCCAGCCACGGAGAACUCCUAAAUCCGCGCAAAAAGUUCAAUUUGCGCUACUCCUCGGCGCCUUCAAUGUUCGUUCAUCCGAGGAGGAUCGCGAACACACGAAAAAUUGCCAUCAUUGCAGUUUUGCACCCUUUUUUUCUAUCAUAAACGCUUAGUUAUGUAAACCUUAAGUUAUUACGAAAAAUAGAAAAAAAACCUUCUUAAGUGGGUAACGUGAACGGCAGAGGAUCGUUCUUUCUGGGUAUAUAUUCAACUCUCUAUCCUCUUAGCUAGACAUUUUAAAAUAGUUUCUCUUCCCCCCGCAAAAGUGAAAUGAAAUAAUUCCUCCCAAUUUAUCAUCUCAGUUUUACCCAAAACUUAGGCAGUAUAAAUCUAUUAAGCAAUUAAGAAAUAAAACUAUUUCGAUGAUCAAACAUA